GCCGUCUUGUGCGCUGUAGCCUUCAUGGCUGAUGCUCGUCCGUCUAAUGGAGGUUACGGUUAUCCACCACGUACAGUAUCUCUACCAGUUUUGCCACCAGGAUCACUUGGACCCAUCGCACCAUUGGGUGCCAGAUCUUCACCUUUGCUGGACGAUCCAUCCGACUUGGCUAGUCUCGACGAUAUGGAUCCUCUCGAAAUGGCUCUUAAUCCAUUAGGCACUUUGGACAAAGUUCUUGGCGGAGGUGGCGGAGGCGGUGGCGGCUACAAGAAGACCCUCAUCCUCGGUUGAUUUAUUUUAUUUUAUUUU